AUCGACUCAAACCAUAUAUAGAAAAGAAUCCCAGCUUCAUUGCCAGUAUUUCUGCCUCUAUAGUUUAUAAUUUCUACAUUAUCAUCAGACUCUCUUGCGACUGCGAAACAUGGCAUCCAACCAGUCCUCACCUCUGGGUGCUUGGGUAGAUGAAUUAUUGACUACCGUUUUUUUCCAAUCAAAUAAUGAAUCGUCCUCAAAAGCGAUGCACGAAAGCUUCAGCCCUGAUCUGAGAGUUCGCAUUAACGGUGUCCCUAUGGGGCUUGACGAAUACAAAUCGGCAAUUGUUGCGACACGCGCCCAGUAUCAUCUCUCUGUUGAAUAUAAUCGAGAAUUGCUUUCUAGUCGCGAGGAUCCCGAUGUCAAUGCCGGUGAAGGGUCUGUGGCGCACAUUUCAAGCUUCAUCUUGAAAGACAAACAGGGGGGCCAUGAACGUCAAGAGGCGACUGUGACUCUAGCGACAGUAAAGACCGUGGAUGGUAAAAGGGUGCUAUCAGAAUUGACGGAAGUUCAUCGUUCCGCUUGAUUCAGACCCGUUGGACUCGCCAUACUGCGGUCGCCAAACAAAGCAGUGAUGGUGCGCUGGAGAAUGGAUGGUAUACAAAGGCGUCUUGUUCUAUAGUUGAUAGUAAAUCAGGGAUGAAGUCAUGAUCUUGUUUUCUCCCCCAAAGUGUGCAUAACAACCUGACUAUCAAUACUGCUCGGCC